UGUUUGUGUUAUGGUUGGCAAAACAGUCUGAAAAAGCAAACAAUGCAACUAACAACACUUUUAGGCUGGAAGAUUAGACAUCCAGCCCCAGCUUUCAAACGACCCAUCCUUACAAUUCUUGCAUACUUCAGGGACCACUUCCACAAUUUAAUAAAAUUAUAAUAAAUAAUUAUGAGUAAGAAACAAUUAAACUAUACCAGCAUAGUUUCACUGCUUUUCCUUCCUCUCUUUCUUUCUUUCUUUCUUUCUUUUUCUGAGGAUCAUCAUCCCAACGCUCUUUGCUUUUUGGUGUCACACACCCUUACCUGGGUUCAAUUUCUUUCCUUUCUCUUCGAUUUAUCCCCAAAAUGCCUUGGAGCUGGUCUUGUUGCAGAUUUGAUACUGUGGAGACAGAAGAAUAUUACUGUGGGAAUAUUGUUAGUCACACUAGCUGCUUGGAUUGUGUUUGAAAAAUCUGGUUAUACUCUUUUGUCACUUGUUUCCAAUGUUCUUCUUCUCCUCAUUGUCAUUCUUUUCCUUUGGGCCAAAUCAGCAGCAAUUCUUAACAGACCUGCUCCACCUCUACCACAUUUGCAUUUAUCAGAAGAAAUGGUGAAUGAAGUAGCAACUUUCAUCCGAAUUAGAGUUAAUAAUGUGUUUUCGGUUUCUCAAGAUAUUGCUCUGGGAAAGAACUCAAGGCUGUUCCUGAAAGUAGCUUCAUGCCUCUGGUUAAUUUCUUUUGUUGGUGGCUUCACUGAUUUCCUUACCCUGGCAUAUACAAGUCUCUUUAUUGUUCUUACAGUACCAGCACUCUAUGAAAGAUAUGAAGAUAACAUAGAUAGACAUGUCUUGAAGUGCUACAGAAAAUUGUGCCAAUUGUAUGUGAAAAUCAAUGAGGAAUAUGUCAGCAGAGUCCAACAUUAUAUUUUAGAGAAGCAAAAACUGAGCUGAGUUUGUUCCUUCAAAAUUCAUUGUGAUAAAAGAAUUUUAUUCACCCUUCCAAUAUGUGAGAUUUUGAUAGUGGGUUCCAAGGAUUGUGGUGGUCUUUUUCCCACUUUUUUUUUUGUUUAUCUUUUUUAUUUCUUUUCAUUUUUGCAUUUUCCAUCUUCAUUGAUGGGAAAAUUUUUGUUUGGUACAUAAUGUCGGAACAUUUUUGCUAGAUUGGUGCAUGUAACUCCAAAGAGUAUUUUCUCUUCUUAUUAGAUUAACCAAGAAAAGUGUAGAUGUGGUUGCCAGAUCAAAAUUUGUCACUUGCCAUUAUUAACAUGUAAUAUAGUUGGAGCCAGAAUCACAUUCACAUGCUCUC